AUGAGCGCCCGUCUCUCGGGACAAGCUGAGCCUGGCGAUCUGCCGUGUCAGGGAGUCGAGCAGCUCAUUCACAAGCUUUCUGGUGGAAUGGGCAAGAUCAAGCCUUCGCAGAUCAAAAAGAUCUACAAGCGCUUCGGGGAUAUCGAUGUCGACAAAAGCGGAGCCAUCGAUUACGAGGAGUUCAUCCAGGCCAUGGACAUGGAGGACACCAACAUUGCGAGGGAAGACAAAGACGACCCGGCGGCGACGACGACUGCUAAUACCACCAUCGACUAUCCUUCCCACUGUGACCGCCUCCUGCUCUUGGGCAGCUAG